AUGGCUGGUUUUACUCGAGGUGAGCAAGAUUCAGCUCUGACAAACCUCCAACUCCAAGAAGCAAGACGCUCCCCAAAACCCUCGGCAGCCAGCGAGGAGCAAGAGCAGAACCAAGAUUCGGGUGCGAAGAAUCACGCACGGGCCAAGGAAGGCUCCGAACUCCCCGUAGAUGAGAGAUGCCUCAAGCAGCGGCAGCAAGAAGACGCAACUAGAACACAAAACGAGCUCCACCCGGUGGAUCUAACAGCACCGACAGCCAAACCGGCGGAGCCCGGGGCCGACGAUGGCCGGAACCUGGGGCGGUGGAUGAAGAAGUGGGGGGAGGGACGCGGCAUGGAGCGGGCGAGGGGGGCGCUGCCGCGCCGCGCGGGCGGGCGAGGAGCCGCGGCCAUCCGAGCGAGGGCGAGAGAGAGAGACGGAGGGGAAUGGAAGAGUCGAGACGGAGAGAGAGAGAGAGGAGGAGGGCUGCAGAUAUUUUUGGGUGUUUCGUUGUACGUGGGGUAUUCGUAG